CGCUGCAGAAAGCUGCCUGCCGGUCCAAUAACAUGGCCACCCCUGGGCCCUCUCUUGAUCAGUCCUGUCGAUCCUCAAUCAACCAUGGCCGACGCCAUCCCAUCACCAAGAAUUACCACCAGGGACUGGUCAUUGAACGACAUCAUCGAAAGCUCACCCAACUUUCAUCGCGUGACCCGUCUGCACUACUCGGCGCCUUCUCUUAGAGCAUCCAUGUCUCAGCACGAUGCUUCCGGGACCCCCCUCAUAAUUCAUGGAUGGAAUAGGCAUCCACAUUGGCCCAAAUCCUUGUUCAAUAUCGAGUGGCUCCGAAAACAUGGUGACCAGAGCCCUACUGUUCGCAACGUGCACGACUGGAGUGAUUCCCAGAUACCACUUCCGGAUUUCAUCGAGAAAAUGCGUACUAGCUCCCCAUAUGCAACCCCCCAAGAGAAGGAGAGGCUAUAUGGAAAAGACGGAGAUUGCCCUGCUGAGUGGACCAAGUGGCUCACAGAGGGUGGUAGUGAUCCCGGAUGAGGUCCUAUUCAAUGGAUCAGACGACUUUCUGAAGUUUCUCCCGGAAUCGGCAAAGGUACAAACCCUGAUGUGCUAUAUGGGAAUCGGAGACACUUUCACUCCCUUCCACAAGGAUCUGUGUGCUUCAUCAGGACAAAAUCUCAUGUGUUACAGUGAGAACGGUGGCUCAUCUUUCUGGUUCAUGACGAAAGCAUCGGAUGCCCCGACAGUAGUCUCUCAUUUCCAUAAGCUGGGCCAUGAGGUCGACCUUGAAUCGCACGUUGUCACUUUGGAGGAACUGCGCGCGGCACCGUUCGAUGUCUACAUCGCUGAACAGCGGCUUGGCGAACUGGUCCUCGUCCCUCCACGCAGCUGUCACCAAGUCGUCAACAGUGGUGGGAUCACUAUCAAGACAUCGUGGUCUCGAAUGUCAUUGGAUGGACUGUGUGUGGCUGCCUAUCAUGAACUUCCUAUCUACCACCGCGUAUGCCGGCAAGAAAUUUACAAGGUUAAAUCCAACAUAUACCAUGCUAUGGAUCACUAUACCCGCGUCGUUGAACAGACAGAGCCCGAGAUCGAGUUGGCCGCGCCGGCCAGCAAACUGAAGCAACUGAUACGACUAUUUGAUGAUGUUCUGGCUCAGGAAUAUACCUCUCAGCAUGCAUCCUUAGCGCAUAUCUCCAAUGUGUCUGACUCAGAACCCAUUUCAUUUGAUGGCAUUCAUUGCGACUUUUGUGGCGCUGAUAUCUUCCAAAGUUUCUUCGAGUGUGGCAAAUGUCUGCCUUUGUCCUCUUGGAACUCAGAGGAGUCACGCAUCGUAGUUUUAGGCGAUGGGUUGGUCCUAUGUCCCUCCUGCUAUGUUGAGGGCAGAACCUGUCAAUGCGGAGAGAUGCAACCAGUUCAGUGCAGAGUCAUGGGCGACUUACUACAACGCAGAGAUCGCGCCGUCAAGGCAAUUCGUCGUUUCGAAAGCCUCGCGGAUCAGGAACUUGGAUAUUUUUCGGAGCAUCCCAAUCAACUAUUGGAAAGGGGUGUUGGAAUUUUCGAGUCAGCCUGCAAGUUGUACCUGCAACGGCAGUCCGCACCAAAGAUGAAGAGCUGUCGUUUUUCGCAUGGUUCUGAGACAUCGCAUCCGGCCCCAGCUCCGUCGGUCGUUUCAUGUAAACCAUGCCACGCUUCCCGCUGCUUCACGCAUUUCCUCGAGCGGAAUUCUCUUCACUCGGUGGAGAUAAUUGGUGUAGCUGACCGCCAUGGGAAUGAUAUCGGCUGGCAUCACCAUCAUCAGGCGUCCCACCAAAAAUUCGUCUCCUCGCAACAUACUAUCCUGGAAGACGAAAAACAUGGGAGAAAACCAGACAUGUUACUGAGGCUAGCUCAUUUGGCGAAGACCUACACCACUUGCAAGCCCUUGAAACCCGAAUUGACGAAGCCUGGAUGGUAUGAUCAAUCCGCAUACGUGAUGCUUGCACCGAUUGGCCCCAGCAAAGCCGAGGCUGUUUCUGACUUUCCAGACGAUGUCGCUGGUGAUCAGGAUACUCCAAACACGGCACCUACACCUUGCCCUGGUAUUGACGGACCAGCCGACAUGGACUGCUGAUGCCACUGAUCAAGCUACUGGAACGCAAAUGUUGAUAACUCCCAAUCAUCUAAUGUCGAUGAUUCUCGAUCACCCAGCACAGUCAACAAUCAUUCUAGCCGAGCUUGGUUCCCCGGGGGGCUUGAGCGUGUUGACAGAGCUCCCGUCCGAGAUCGAUGUACCAACGCGCGAUGGUACCCCCCAGCCAACGUGUAACACCAUGCUAGCUGCGAGUUCUGCUGUACCAA